AUGUCUCGAAGACCACGCAGCCUGAGUCUCAACUGCGCACCACAAACACAGACACAGACACAGACACAGACACAAACAUCACAGACGCAACCACAACCACAACCACAACCACCUCUCACUCCAGCCCAGCUGCAGGAGCGCCAACAGAGUCUGUCCGAGGAUCGCUAUCGGAACGUCGUCUUCGCCCAUCAGACACUCGUGGCCCCGAUCGUUGCCAAUCACCCGGGCGCAACUACGGGUGUCACCACCACCACCCCUUCUCCUCCUCCUCCCGCCAACGCCUCUUCCCAAUUGACAUCGGCCAGCACCAGUCCGCGGGCAGCUCCACAGGUAGACGGUCCCUCGUCCUUGUCCUCGUCCUCGGUUACGGUUGUAGCUCCCGUUCCAAUCAGUACGGCAAUUCGUGCGUCGGUUCUGCGGAGUGGCUCUUCAUCUGCAAAUCCAAUUACUCUAAGUCCAGCAUUUCCCCUCCGAAUCAUCCCGUCUACCAUUCACAAUCGGAAGCCCUUCUGCAGAAGCUUCCGAAGACGAUUCUUCGCAAUCUUCCUAAUCACAAUGGGGGCCCCCGCGGAAGUCCAAACCUCGCGUAGGAACACCACGGGAUACUUGCCUAUCGAGAACUAUGGUUUAAUUGGUAACAUGCGCACCUGUGCUUUGGUUGGCAUUGACGGUAGCAUUGGUUUUAUGUGCUGGCCCGAUUUUGAUUCCCCAUCGGUCUUUUGUCGGCUCCUCGACAAGGACAAGGGUGGUUACUUUACGAUUUCUCCUCCUUCCGACAAGCAAUACACUACGAAGCAGCAAUACCUCCCCUCAUCCAAUAUCCUACAGACACGUUACAUUCACGAAGAUGGCGUUGUGGAUUUGAUCGACUUCUUUCCACGUCCGAGAGACAGUUAUGUUGUUGCCAAGGCUGGCAAGCAGAUGCCAUUUCGCGAGGGUGUCAAGGUGCAAGACGAAUUGAAGAAGUGGUUGGUUCGAAGAGUUGAGUGUAUUCGGGGCAAGGUUGACCUGGACGUUGAGAUCUUUCCUGCUUUCAACUAUGCUUUAGACGAACACGCAACCGAGAUCCUUCUUCCCGAACACCCUCCUGGAUGUCCAGAUAGUAAAACUGUGACUUUUUCCAGCAAGAAUCUCAAGCUCCAGCUCGAUGUUACUAUCGACCACGGCGAGGAGGAUUCGGCAUCAUGCCCAGCUGUCAGCUUCCGCAAAGAGACCAAGCCUGGCAUGCUUGGUGCAGGGGUUCUCGCACACAUUCAUCUGGUAGAGGGGCAAGCUAUUUCGUUUGUCCUUCGAGAUGACAUCCCUAAUCACGUCACUCGCGAUGUUACCACUGAAGUACUUGAUCGUCAACAGCAUGACACCCAAACUUUUUGGUUCAACUGGAUCUCCAAGAGUAGCUACAAGGGCCGGUGGCGGGAGGUUGUCUCGAGAAGCUUGCUCAUCCUCAAGUUACUGACCUAUGAGCCAACUGGUGCGAUUAUAGCUUCUCCAACUUUCUCCAUUCCCGAAGAAAUCGGAGGUACUAGAAAUUGGGACUAUCGCUUCUGCUGGGUUCGUGACUCUAGUUUCACCAUCUACAUUCUUCUCCGGAUGGGCUUCACGGAAGAGGCGGAUGCAUACAUGGAAUUCAUUAGUGAGCGUUUCCGAAAAUCGAGGUCUCCAGACGGUGCUCUGCCCAUCAUGUUCACGAUCCGUGGCGAAACGGAGAUUCCCGAAGUCGAAUUCGAUAUCAGCCAUCUCUCGGGAUAUCGAGACAGUAGGCCUGUUCGCAUUGGUAACGGUGCUGCAUUCCAUCAACAAUUUGACAUCUACGGCGAGCUUCUCGAUGGCAUCUACCUGUACAACAAGUAUGGGAAGCCAGUCACUUGGGAGCAAUGGGUCGCAGUUCGUGAGAUUCUAGAUUACUGCCUCACUAUCUGGAAGGACCCAGACAUGUCAAUUUGGGAAGUCCGCAGCAGAAAACAAAACUAUACUUACUCGAAGGUCAUGCUUUGGGUUGCCUUUGACCGAGGUCUUCGGCUGGCUGAGAAGAGAUGCUUACCAUGCCCAAAUCGUAACAAAUGGAUGGAGACCCGAGAUGAGAUCUACGAAGAGAUCAUGAACAAAGGCUACAGUCCAAAAAUCCGCUGCUUUGUACAAAGCUACGAGAGCGGCGAUCAUCUCGAUUCUUCUAUCCUCAUCGCUCCCCUUGUAUUCUUCAUCUCGCCCAACGAUCCUCGCUUCCUGCGAACCAUGGAUAGAAUCCUCCAAUCUCCCGAGAAAGGUGGACUGACAUCAACCGGUCUUGUCUAUCGCUAUGAUACUGAUCAUGUUGAAGAUGGGGUCGGUGGUCGCGAAGGAGCUUUCAGCAUGUGUACCUUCUGGCUGGUCGAAGCCAUGACACGCGCUGGAGUUUAUGAACCGAAAUAUCUUCCUCGUGCAGUCAACAUCUUCGAAAACAUGCUCAGCUUCUCUAAUCACCUCGGCAUGUUCUCCGAAGAGAUUUCUCGAUCUGGCGAGCAGCUGGGCAAUACCCCUCAAGCUUUCAGUCACCUCGCUCUGAUCAGUGCGGCGUUCAAUCUUGACCGUGCUACGGACUAUAAACGUUGA